AGCAAGGCAAAUAGCCAAGGGACUGGAGACAGAGGUGAGUGGUACCCAGGAGGUGUAGUACAGCCGUUGUUGAGGGGUUGAGUAGGAUUUAUUCAGGUGAAGGUGAGAGUGGUGAGUUGGUUCUUGGGUGCAAGGUUGAGGUGCAGUUAGAAGGUAGGCUGCAGGGAUUCACAGGGGAGAUUACUCGCUUUGAGGUGGUGAUUGAGGGUUGUACAGUACUGCAGUGUGACCCUGAAGAACUUGCAAGAUGGGAGAAAAUGUAAAUGCCCCUGUGGCAGUUACAGCCGGGGAACUUGCAGUUGUGCUUCAGUCUAUGGAUGAGAAAUACAGAGCACUCUUUGAUGCAAUCAGCAAGCAGGCUGGAAAUUCAAGACCAGAGACUGAAGCCAAGGAAGAGAUUCACCCGUUGCAAAUGCCACAUGUGAAGCUAGUGGGUGCGGAAAAUUAUUCCAGUUGGGCAGAGCAUGCCGACACCAUCCUGAUCUCGAGGAACCUUGAGGGGUAUAUACUGGGAACAGUGGAGAAGCCUAUCGAGGAAAAUUCGAAAGAGGCCCAGAAGUGGAAAGCAACAAAUGCAUUGGUGAGAGCUUGGCUUUUAAGCUCAAUAUCAUCUCAGAUUGCAAAGCAAGUUGAAAGGAUCAAGGAGGCCUCAGAAAUUUGGAGGCUCCUAAAGGGGACAUAUUCAGGUGUAGGGAAUGAGAUGUUGGCAUGUAGGAUUCAAAAGGAACUACAGGAGCUAGGCCAGGGUGAGAAGACUGUUGUGGAAUAUGUGUCAGAAUUGAAAAGGUUGUGGAGUGAUCUUGAUUACUAUGAUCCAGUUGAGAUGGAAUGUGGGAAAUGUGUUGAGAAACAUAGUAAAUGGACUGAAAGAAGGCGUGUUAGGGACUUCUUAAAUGGUCUUCAUCCUAAUUCGAGAAUAGGAGAGCAGCACUUUAUGGUAGUGGGAAGUUGCCCAGUCUAGAGCAAGCAAUUGCUGCAAUUAUAAGCGAGGAAACUCGGUUGAAAUUGGAGACAACAGGACCCAUGGCCCAAGGUGUCUCACAAAGGCGUUCAGCUCUCCUUGCUGUCGAGAGUGGUGAUUAUCCAAGACCAGGAGCAAAUACUCAUGAGAAGAAGUGCUUUGAAUGUGGCCAGCCAGGACACUUCAAGGCAGCCUGCCCACAACUAAUAGGAGGAGGUCGUGGUAGAGGCCUGGACUGGCAUGGCAGAGAACGUGGUCGCGGGCUUGAUGGACGUGGUGGUGGUCGUGGAAGAGGUAUGUGGUCAAUAGGAAGGGCACACACUUCUGCUGUUGCUGAAGAACCAUCUAGGACUGUGAGCAUCGAGAUGACCGCCGAUGAGUUAGAGAACUGGCGUCAACUAAAGAAUUUGAGCCUUGGUGAUCUGCGGCCCUCGGAGACACAUGCAUCAUCUUCGUCAGCCAACUUCGCUGGAACUUGGGACUGGAAGAAAGCUUGGGACGGGGAGCAUGCAUGAUGGGUUAUAUUACCUGGAUAAUAAGAUAUUCCCUACUGUGGCUGCUGCGGUGUCCUCCUCACCCCUAGAAGAAUUUCUACUUCAACAUCGUCGCUUGGGACAUCUAUCUUUUGCUACUCUGGGUCAGCUCUACCCUAAUCUUUAUUGUAAAAUUAGCAAGGAACAACUAAUGUGUGAUGCUUGUCAGUUCGGAAAGCAAACUAGGAGCUCUUAUUUGUCAUCUGAUAAUAGAAGUGAUGUACCUCUACAAACUAUACACUCAGAUGUAUGGGGUCCCAGUGGGGUGACAUCGAUAAAUGGUUAUCACUAUUUUGUUACAUUCAUCGACUGUUGCGCUAGAACUACUUGGGUCUAUAUUUUGCGUCAUAAGAGUGAUGUAUUUGAAUGCUUUAGAGAUUUUCAUAAUAUGAUUAGGACCCAAUAUUGUGCAUGGGUGAAGGUACUACGUUCGGAUAAUGGUACCGAGUAUGUGAACAAAGAACUUGAUGAAUAUCUAUCAAGUUACGGAAUUAUCCAUCAGACUACCUGUCCGGGUACAUCUGAACAGAAUGGACUAGCAGAAAGGAAAAAUAGGCGUCUCCUAGAGAUUG